GCUAUUAUUAUUUAAAGCAAGGAUUUUGCAUACUUGGCUGCAUUUAAGUAGCCUUGACUAUCAGCUCCAGUGAGUGCUUUGUACUUUAACCGAAACUGACCAGGAGGGCUUACGUGACGGACCGCAAAAAGUGAGGUUAAGUGAAUUAUUGAAUUUUUUUAAGUUUAAUGUGGUUUCAUCUGUUUUGAUUCGGGUACUUCAAAAAUUUUCAUUUCAGUCUCAGUCCCACGAUUCCCACCAUUUCACCAAAAGUGUAUUUCAUUUUUUUUCCACUUUAUUUAUUCGCUAGUUAUUUUUUUUAUUUUCAUUACAUUUGAUGUUCCUGUUGAAUCAAAGGACACAUCAUCGGCUACAAUGUGAGAAUUGGCUGUAUGUGUAAUACUCCCUUUGCUUAUCCAAAUCAACAAAACGAAUAACAUCAAUGUCAAUUUGGAACAAAUGCUCCCUUGGCAAUUUAAUUUUAAUUUGGCGUUUAAUUAACAUAUUUACUGAAAGUAUCAAUAGAAUGUUCAAUAAUAAUAUUGAGAAUUAGGAAUGUACUUCCAAGUGUUUAUAGGUAGUGCUCUCCGGCAAUUAAAAAUUCCACGGGCCGUGAAUGUUGUUUAAGCCCAAGUAUGGUUCAUGAAUACGGUUCAUGAAUUCAUUCCCUGUAGCUCUUUGAUUGCAAAAUAAACGUUCAUAUUUACAUUUACAACAAGGGAAGUAAAAAUGAAAGAACGAACUAAAGAUUUGGAUUAUUUUGGCAGUGAUCCUGGGGCUGUUAAAUUUGGAAAUUUUAUAAACUACUAUUCAUUUCAUAACGUGGCUGAGAGAAUAAACAAUUUGCACCCAAAUAUGUUUCCCACUUUAACUGAAGAUAUAUAUUGCCUGGACAUUGGUUGCAAUACUGGAGAUCUUACAAGAGAAUUGUAUAUACUAUUAAAAAACCUUUAUCCUCAAUGCAUGUUGCACAUAUUGGCCGUUGACAUUGACUCAGUACUCAUAAACCGUGCUCAAGAGUCUAACACCGAACGAAACAUUGAAUACACAACCGCAAAUGUCAUGGCAAAAAGUGAUCGUGAUUCAAUCAAUGAAUAUCUCAAGAAAAAUGGUAGAUCAAUGUUUGAUAUCACAUUUUGUUUUUCUGUAUCAAUGUGGAUUCAUUUGAAUAAUGGAGAUAAUGGCUUAAGAGAAUUUUUGGAACACAUUAAAACAAUUUCUAAAUCAAUAAUAAUUGAACCACAACCUUGGAAAUGUUAUAGGCAGGCACAAAAGAGAAUUAAGAAAACUGGAAAUACAUUCCAACUGUAUGACAAUCUUAAAAUAAGAAGUCAAGUUGACAUUUUUAUAGAAAGUAUUUUAAAAGAGCAUACACAUAUAAAAGUAUAUGAAUCACAAAAUUCUUCAUGGAACAGAAAAAUACAAAGUUACAAAUUAAAUAUUCAAUAAAUGAAAAAAAAGAAUUGAUUUAAUUUUUUAAUAAAACCUUACAUACUCUAACUUAAUUUACAAACUUAGAAAAGUUAUUUACAUAGGUAUCAAUGACAUCAUUACCUUCACUAAAUUACUCAAAUUUGCCCCUUUAAGUGACAAUUUCCUCUGUGUUUGGCUCAAACUCUAACUUGACAUCACCACCCAGGCUU